CGAGGACCUCGAGUCCGUCCAUUUGCAGGAUCUGUGGGGGAAAUUCGGUCAGGUUGGUCGAGGUGAGCCAGAGCGAAUUCAGGUGCUGCCAGUUCGCGAAGAUGUGGGCAGGAAUGGCGCGAAGGGACGCCCCCACAAUAAAGAUGGAGCGGAGGUUGGCCCCAGGGUUUUGCAACGCGAGGGGGACGUGGUCGAGCGCACUGUACCGAAUCAUAGCCAACACGACCGAGCUUGGGAUCGCGGAACUUGGCAUGUUCCAUUCGACCAUACCCGUUUGUUCAAAGUGGAAUCCGUACAUUGACUGGAACUGCGACACGGUGUCGGCGGCCAAGCCAUGGCGCAAGCUGCAUUUUUGGAUGUGAAGAAAGAGAAGGUUUGGACCGAUUUGCGACGCAUUGAGCUUGGCGUCGACGACGUCGUGGUAAUUGGUCGCGUUGCACGUCCAGCGAAAGUAGAUACAGUUGCACGACCUUGAAAACCACGGGGCCGAGUCCAGCACGCAGCCAGGGGGACACGGUUCUCUGUAGAAUUCCGCAGCGAUCGCCACGACCAGCACAGCCAGCCCCCACAGAAUGCUCAAUACAAUCACCCCUACCAGAAUUCGCGCGUGGUCUUGGUGCCAACUAAAGGCUUGUGUUCCACCGGCCAAAUAUGCUUGAACCGAGGCGCGCUUGCUGCCUCUCCCAGUCAUCGACCCAUCCAAACUGGCUGUCGGGGCUGACAACGACUGUCCUGAGUGGAGGUUCCCCACGCGAACGUUGUGUAUCGAUGCCGUGGAUCGCACCCGCUUGGUCGCUGCACGCAAAGCGAUGUAGUUCAUGAUGCUCGGGACAACCACCAUCACGGGCUGGAUCGGGGACCACACAAUCAAGGUGCGAACCGACGUGACAGACCUCGCGAGCCAUACAAAAUUGUGAGACUCGUUGCCACUGCCGUAAAACUUAUACUCGACGAGAGGAAUGAGGAAGAGGAAGAGGGGAAUGCCAGCCGAUAAGAGGAACGAGAGGCACGCGUCAAGCAGCCCGAUGAGUGCCCUCUUUAGCCCCGAGCUGCGAAACAAGAGCGCCCAGGUCGUGAUGAGGCAGUUGGACGCAAGCACCAUGGCAUACAGAAAUGAAACGUGGCGGUCGACGAGGCGUUGCGCCAUCUGCGCCGCGAUCCACGUUUCCGACACAAUCUCGAAAAAGUGGCCGAUGGCCAUCGAGACAUUGGGGGGAAUGCGGAGCUGCAGGGUAGAAUUGGAGGGAUUCUUGCCGUCAUGGGCCGCCAACGACUUGAUGCGAGCGCUCCUCUUGCACAACAAAACGCUGAUCGCGGACGUUGCCGGCCGACGAAGAGGAAGCAAGAAAGGAGUCAAGUGCAAGAAUGCCAUCCCGAGAAACAGAAUCGACGACGGCCGGGGCGCGUAUGCCCGCAUCACAGUCGCCUCAAACGGCGUCAGGUUUAUCAUGAGAUACGCGACACUGAGGAAGUACAUCGUGGACAUGCCGUGCAACGAGUACACAACAGUGAGAACGAGCCAUUGAAACCAUCCGAGGGGAAGGCCGAGCAGAGUCGUCUGGGAGUGCCGAGGAGGGUGUGACGGCGGCGCCAUGUGCGUGUCAACC